AUGACGGAUACAGUUGUCGCGGAGGGACAAGUCAAGUUUAGAGAUGGAAAAAAGUGGAAGACUCGGUGGGUCGUUCUUCGGAAGCCCUCUCCGGUCGCAGACUGUCUGUCUCUGCUGGUGUACAAGGAGAAGAAGAAAGGGAAGGAGAAGGCCAGCGGCCAGAAGGAGAGGCUCAAUGUGACACUGGAGGGGAUCUGUGGAGUGGAACCAGGUCCCGGGUAUGACGGGGUAUCCUACACCCUCUCCAUCCUCUGUCUGGCCAACACGCUGGUCCUGGGCUUCAACAGCCGAGACGCCCUGCUGGCCUGGGACGCCCGCGUCCGCUACAGCCUGGGAGAAGUUCACAGGUUCAUUGUCAACGUCGAGCCAGGUACCAAACUGGAAAGCGGCCCCGCCUCCCUCCACCUGUGCAACAACCUACUAGUCCUUACCAGAGGCGCCCCUCCUGUAGUCAUUGGCCACUGGAAGCUGUCGGCGUUGCGUCGAUAUGGUUCUGUGCCAAAUGGCUUUGUGUUUGAGGGGGGGACUCGCUGUGGAUACUGGGCCGGUGUUUUCUUCUUGUCCUGUUCAGAAGGAGAGCAGAUCAGUUUCCUGUUUGACUGUAUUGUGAGGGGCAUCACCCCCAGCAGGGUCCCUCAUGGCCUGCGACCUUCCCUGCCAGAUCUCAAUGCCGACCCAGCGUCAGCAGAGGAGCGAAUCAGCCAGGAGGCAUUGGAGCUGGAGAAAAGACUCAGCAUGCUGUCUCAGUGCAGCCUAGCGAGCAGCACAGCUUCCACUUAUAGCUGCAGCACAUCUGCUGUCGGGGACGACCAAAGCAGCAUCUCCAGCUCCUCCUCCAGCCAAUCAGACGCGAGCUACGGAAGCAGACUUCCUUACUGGGUGGAGCCGUUAGCUAGGCUGCACCUCUCCAACGAGACAGCGUCAAGCUCCGCCACGCUGAAGGCCUUGACCAGUUCAGAUGACCGGCUCCACGCUGCCGUGAUGGGAGGCUCCGGGACUCGUCCAUCCUCCGCCCAGCUCCAUCCUCGUGGUCUCCAUGACAGCGGGCGGCAGAGCUCACUAGACAGUGGGAUUGGGAUAGCGACAGGCAGUCAGUCAUCUUACUCGGGGAGCUUCUCCUCGUACACGGGGAGUCUGGACACGGCCAGCCAGGGAGGAGGGGAGGAGUAUGGCUCCAUGGCCAGCCUACCUGCUCCUCCUUCUUCACCUCCGCACAGUGAGGAGUAUCAAAUCCCCAGUCUGCUCAGACUGCGCUACGACACACCCAGGAGUCUGCUGCAGCCCCUGUCCAUUAGGGAGCCCUCCACCCAAGAAGGCCCACCUGAGCUGUGCAGGGACAGCAGGAGCAGUGCGGAUGGAGGGCGUAGUCAGGGCCAAAGGUUGAGCAACAGCCCCACAGGUCCCAGGGCUCAGCGUCAGGCCACGAUGCAGCGCUCGCACUCCUGGGGCAGUGAGAGGGCGCCCUCUGUGGACAGUGAGGGGAGGGCCACGCCUAGACUCGUGCUGGUUCCUGGAGGCUUGGUUUGUGGAGAAGCACAGAGCGGCCGUGGUUUAGACAACUACAUUACACCAGAGCAGUGGCGGUCAGCGAGGAACAGGUGCUUGGCUCAGGUGGCCAACUCACCAUCCGGCCUGUCACCACCUGCAGAUACAGAAGGUGUGUUUGUGAAUGCAAUUAAUGUGCUUGGGUCUUACACGGCGGUGGAAAAUGCUCCUCUCUGUGUGAGAGAAGAGCAUGAUGACAUGUGGGAUGUUGGCGAUACACCGGCAGGUCUGAAGAGGCCGGUGCCUUCUCUAACACCCUCCGUCCCUCCACCUCUGCCUGUUGCACUGAGCACGUACAGGCCAACAUCAGCCUGCAGUAUGUUCCAGUCUGCCCGUCCAUCUGUGUCCCUGGACACUGGGCUCCAUAGCGACAGCACUGUUAAUUAUGUGAACAUCCCCAUCAGCCCCCUGCCAGCUAAAACUAACAGAGAGCUCCUCUACACAGAGCUGGACCUGCAGGAGCCCGGUCCAGCUCUCUCAGCUCCAGUCUCCAGUCUGUACAGUGCGGUCAGAGAUAACAGUUCACAGCUCUGCAGACCCAAAGAGGGCUCCAUCAGGUACGCCCACCUCGACAUCAGCGCCAUGGAAACAGCUCAGAGAGUGGGGGCGGAGCAUGUUCAGGGCAGGGAGGACAGACUGACUCAGCUGGAGAGCAGGCGGCGAGGGCCACCAAACUGACUCUGCAACGCCCAACUCGAUGACACUUCAAAACAGUUUUCACUGCCGAUUCCCUCCAUCUCUCUGAGUAAGCUAAAGAGCUCGAUUGCAGUUGUUCGUCAUGCCAGUCGUUGAUGUACUUAAAACACACCCACAGCUGUACCAGUGUAUAGCACGGCACUUUUCCCCUCAUCAACAGUCCAUUCCACUGAAAAGAAAAUAGGAAAUGUCUGCGAAGUCUCUUAUGCAGCUGCCAUCUUGGAUGUGUUUUGUGUUGUGUUGUGUUCUCAUAUACUUGUACUUAAAUUACUGCUUACCCCACAAGUGUUACCUUUGCUUGGCUGCAUGGCACUUAUGUCUGCUGCGGUCAGAGGAAAAGCCAUCUGCCUCCUUUAAGAUUCUCUCAGGAUGACCGUUGAGUAUUGGUAUAAACAGCCUUAAGUAUGAGUGAAUGGCACCAAACGUUUACCACUGAUAUUAUAGACACAAAGGUAGAGAGCAGCUUCGCUUGGCAUCAAAUUGUGCUUUGUUAAGCUAAAAUUUUAUAUUCACUUUCUUUAGACUGUUUGAGCGUGGCUCUACGGGUUGUUACCUCUCUUACCAAGAGGACCCCAACAGCCAUUAUUUAAAUGCAAAUGAUUUAUCACAGGGUUGAAGCAGAUGAUCACACAAUGAGAUCAAGCCCCCCCUGUCGCAGCACUGACACCUUACAGUCGGCUGUUAAGAGUCCCAGCUUGCUUGGCUAUCAUUCCACAUCAGAGCUUCAAAGCAUUUGAUUGAAAUAAGCAGGUUAGAGUUAUAUCUCAGGUGCAGAUGACAUUAAUCUGGGCCCACGUGGCCCAAGCAGGACAUGACUGAGUAAUCAGCCAGCCGCAACAUUAUUCAUCACAGUAAUCAAUGUCUCUGCUUCUGCUCUGCGAGAGGGCAGGAAUUGAUAAAUGGGAAAGCACAGUAUGUGUUUGUCUGUGUGUGUGUUCCAAUUUCACACCUCCUUCUUGAUAUCAUCAGGACAAAUUGUCCAAUAUUUGAUGCAGAUCUAUUUUUAUGGUGGCGGUUCCCCACCGGUGUGUCUGAGGCGACGACGAGGAGAAAGAAACAGCAUGAGGAUGAGUUAGAAAAACUUUUUACUAAGAAUAGCUUGUUAAUAUCGCUACAGGAACUGCUUUCCUCCACUGGACUUGUAAAUAGACUGCUUUUAUUGAUGCCAAGACAGUAUGAAUGAUUUUAAAGUAUAUUUUUCAAAUAUUACUGUUUGUAUGUUGUUGGCACUUGUAUCUUACCGAGUAUUAAAGAUUGCU